CUUACCGAGCCACAGACUCGUCGUACGCAUAAGCCAACCACAACAUGGCACCCUUUUCGACCAUCCAUUUUGGGCUGCUGCUGUGUACCGUCUAUGUACUGGUUGAUCCUGCCCCGGCUCAAGAGUACUACGCACCGCGCUUUAAAGGCCCGCAGGAGAAUUCCACCUGCCCGGAAGCGAUCGCACUGCGGGACGUGAAGCCACAGAACUGUUGCCACAGCUUCAUCGGUCUGCAUAACGCCAUUAUUGACUGCUUGUCAAAGCCCGCCACCGGUGGCGGCUCCUGCAUCGGCUACUGUCUGGUGCAAAACUUCCGGGCGCAAAAAAUUCUUGCCAGCCUGUCGCUGACGGUGUCCAGCUUGAUAGCGAUCGCACCCAAGCUGAACACCCAUUACGAGCAGUGUCAAACGAAUCUGUUCGAGUUCGCCAUUGGCACCACGUUCGACGGUGACUUCCGGCGUAUCGUGUGCGAUGAACGGCUGGAAAAGUUCUUCGAGUGCAUGGUGAAGACGUGGCUGCUGGACUGCAUAGGAUACGAUGACUCCAAUGCAAGGUGCGUGGAGUUGCAGACGGCGGUCAAGUCUACCGAAUGCAGCCUGCGAUCGUUCUUCACAAACAACGGCACAAUGUAG